AUGGCCAAAAACAAAAAACAACCGAUCAACGCCUUAAGUGAAACACUGUCAAGUACCGACAACGUUUACAAACUCAAAGCUGACUGGUUUCAAGAAAGUAUGGCUCGAGAACAUUAUAAAUAUUGCUAUGCUUCUUUAAAGGUCUUAAAACGUCACCCGUCAGUUUUUCCUUUUCUUGAGCCUGUUGAUCCAGUAAAAUAUGGCAUCCCUGAUUACUAUGACAUUAUCAAGAAACCUAUGGAUCUCAGUACCGUGGAGCGAAAGCUUUCCAAUCUCGAAUAUUCGAGUGUAAACGAUUUCGCGAACGACGUCAGACUUGUAUUUAGCAAUUGCAUCUUGUAUAACGGUGUUUCACAUCAAUACUCGGUUUUCGCAAAAGAACUGAAUAAUUUGUUUAGUCAGCAGCUUAGUAAGAUGCCAGGAGUCGUGGAAGAACAAGGCUUAAAGGCGGAGUCCUCAAAACUCGCUUCCAAGACAUGUAAAACUCCUACUGAACAAAUAUUUGAAGCUACGGAAAGGCCAAAGAGAACAAUCAGACCUACAUCUAAGGAACUACCCGAUUCUACCUCCAUUAAACGCAGAAAAAGCAAAUCAAACAUCGAAUUAAAUUAUUGUCGUGAAACCUUAAGGGAAUUGCGUAAGAAAGUACACUGGCCAUACGCCUAUCCAUUUUAUGAACCCGUAGAUCCAGAAAAACUAGGCAUCCCAGAUUACUUUAAGAUUAUAUCGCGUCCUAUGGAUAUGUCUACGAUUAAUUCAAAAUUGGAAAACGACCAAUAUUCAAAUGCUGAUGAAUUUGAAGCGGAUAUCCGUUUAAUGUUCCAAAAUUGUUAUGUCUACAAUGGUCCUAACAGUGAGGUCGGAAAUAUGGGUAAAAUGCUUGAAGCCGUUUUCGAUAAGAAAUGGGCAGUAAAACCUGCUCUAGAUUCUAAUUCGCUACAGAAAUCAAAGAAGGCAAGAUCAUCAGUAGUUCGAUCAAAAACGGUGAUGGAUGAGUCUUCAGAUGCCAGUGAGCUAUCAAGUGACGAAAGCGACAGCCAGGAAAAAUGGAGAAGAGGACUGGAAGAGCAUUUAAAAGCAAUACAGGAAGAAAUAGAAAUGUUUAAGAAAAGUAAAUCUUCAAAAUCCAAGAAAGCUUUAAAACAUGAAAUGGCGAAACUUUCUAGUAAAAUUCAUGGAAAAUCAGUACCAGCUGGUAAAUCAAAGACUUUGAAACGUCCUCGUUCGCCCAAGUCUAAGGCUAAAAGAAAAAAAUUAACACAACAUCAGAAGAAAAUUCUUUCUGAAAAGAUCAUUAUGCUUUCAAAAGAAUCUAUGGCGCACAUUAUCAAUUUGGUACGAGAAAGAAAUGCACCAAUAGAGGAGGACGAUCAAGGGGAGGUCUCUUUUGAAAUUGAUGAUCUUGAUCCUCAAUUAGCAAGGGAAAUUUAUGAUUAUACGAUGGAUAAUCUUCCUAAAGAAAGCAAAAGUAAAAAGGGAAAGCCACCAGUUAAAAGACUUCGCACAAAUUCAGCUAGUCAAUCAAAUGAAGAACAGAUUAAGGCUUUAGAAAAUGCAUUGGUGAAGUUCGAUAAAAAAUUACCAUCUCCUACCGAAGUUUCAAAUGGAAAUCCUGAUAAUUUGAAUGGGAGUUCCUCUGGCAGUCACAGUUCAAGCGAUGACUCUUCCUCGGACAGUCAAAGUUCAGAUUCAUCUGGGUCAGAUUCGGAGG